AUGUCCCCCACCCCCAUCACCAAAUCCUCCCUUAUCGGCGCCUGGACCCUCGUCUCCUACAUCGCCGAGCCCCCCAAUCCCCAAGACGAUGACUCUCCUACCCACUACCCCAUGGGCCCGGACGCACGCGGCACCCUCGUCUAUACCCCAGACGGCCAAGUGACCGUGAGCGUGCUGCCAAAAGUUACCAAGAAGGCGUGGGAGAAUUCCAAUGACGGCGUCAUGUACGCGGGCCGGUACUGGAUUGAAUAUAGCAAUGGCAGUGAAUGUGAUAAUGAUGGGGAUAAAAGGCAGCAGCCUGGUGGCGUUCCGGUUGUACACCAUGAGGUUGACAUGGCAUAUUCGGCGGAGUUCGCGGGGUCGCAGAAGCGGGAGGCUAUGAUUUCUCCGGAGGGGAGGUUGAGGUUGUCCGGGUUGAAAUUGUUCGAGGUAGGGAUGGAGCAGAAGAUGAAGCCGGUGUUGGUGUGGGAGAGGGUGAACCGGUUUUGA